AUGAACAAUGAGAGCCGGAAUGUGAGCAAUGGUGAACCGAAUAACGACAGCACCGUCGCUUUGACGAACGUAGAUAAUACCACAAGCGGCAUGCAGGGGGAGAGCUGGACUCACCGGGCUGCUGAAGCACAUGGUGAAUAUACAGGGACGGCUUUCGUUGACAGAGGUCAAGCGGCCCGUUCAAGUCAAGACAACAGCGUGAGAUGGGUCACGGUAGAAACAGUCUCAAACAAUGAUAACAGUGCAAAACGGAAUGAGAAAAUAGUGGGGCCGCAGGUGUUACAGUGCGUUGAGAACGAGACAAUGGAAGCACGCCGUGAAAACAGGGGUGAUCGUAGCCAACUCGAAUGGCGCCGCAGAAUGGCUGAGGAAGGCCGGCGUCUACAUAGGCUCCGGCAGCGCGAGAAACAUGAGAGUAUCAACCAAGGAAGUGUCUCGUACUAUAAUUUACGGUCGAGGACUGUACGAAUCAGGAGCCUGUCGCCCGAAGGUGAUCGGUCCCGCAAUGGACGCAGACGAAGCAUGUCAAUCCCAAUACCCGACAAUGAUGUCAACUAUCCGUGGCAUGAUGGAUCUCUUACGAAUGGCAAUAACCAGUCACCUCUGAAGAAACAUGGAUCCGGUAAAAAGGGUAGACAGAGCAGAUUGAGGGCUGUGAAUAUUGCAGAGUUUGAACGGGAGCGAUAUGCGAAUCGAAAAAUGAGUAAGGCGGACAAAAAAAAGGCGAAACGGGAACGCCAACUCGCCCUCGAGAGGACACAGAUAAUGGACCUCUCGCAGCAAGUUUUUACCGCCGCGUCUUUCAAAGGGAAGCCGUCAGGGGGGUCUUUAUUCAUUCCGCCUGGAAUGGCAGAUGCUGCAUCAAUGUCAUCCUUUGACGAACCGGUCCAUCCCAAGAUGGCAGUCCCUCUAUCCGCGGCCCACUUCAGCAGCUCUGCCAACAAUGGCGAUCCGAACAUUGAUUACAGCGACGGAAAGCCGAUUCCUAUUCCAAGGAAUGACCACCUUACGGUGUGGGACCCGAGUGAAGCGUCUCACCUAUUAUUUGGCACCAACGGUGCGGGAGCGCCAUUGUUAGGCAAACGAAAGGAGAGGUCCGGGAGUCAGUCUCCCAUCGACUCUCGCAAGGCAAGGAGAGCGCUGGAAGGCUCUGCAAGCAGUUAGGAAAGUGAUCCGUUCGAUGACGAGCGGAUGUCGAGGAGAGUAAUGCUCUCGAAUAUUCAAAUGUAUUUAAUAUUAAUUCCAGGUCGAUUACUGUUACCAAACUCUCACUCUCCCUCGCUCUUGUAAGCCAAAGCUCUUAGGAGGUGCCUUUGAAUUACAGCGACAGAGAAAUAACAUUCUGGUGAUCGUUGCGUUAUCUCUCAUUGUUGAGCAGUUGUAUGGGUACUCUCCACAAAAGAACGCCGGCAGGUUCUGAUGAACAUAGUUUGGUCUUGGUAAAAAAGGGCAGCAAAAAAAUGCAUGUAGAUCAUGAUGAACAUUGUUUGCUCUGAUUCAUCCUAUUCGU